AUGUCUAGUCGCCAACAAAUUGACUCUGUCAUCGACGACGAUGAUGAGUUCUGCCCCCUUUGUAUCGAAGAAUUCGACCUCUCCGACAAGAACUUCAAACCAUGUCCAUGUGGAUAUCAGAUUUGCCAAUUCUGCUACAACAAUAUCAAAACGCACAGCGAAGAAGGUCGAUGCCCGAACUGUCGCCGUCCUUAUGAUGAGAGCACGAUUCAAUAUAAGAUUCCCGACGCAGAGGAAUUCAAAGCAGAUCUUGCAUUGAAGCACCGCAAGGCAGCAGCGGCCAAGAAGAAGGAAGCUGAAAGGCGGGAAAUAGAAGCCUCGAGCCGGAAGAACUUGGCAGGUGUCCGUGUUGUGCAGAAGAACCUCGUUUAUGUCAUAGGCCUCAACCCGACAAUCCGCGACGAGAACCAGUUGCUGCAAACGCUUCGAGGCAAGGAAUAUUUCGGACAAUAUGGUGAAAUUGAGAAGAUCGUGGUCAGCAAGGCGAAGCCCGGUGGCAACCCGCACCAGGGGAUUGGCGUUUAUGUGACCUUCUCCCGGAAGUUCGAUGCUGCCAGUUGCAUCACCGCUGUGGAUGGUUCAUCUAACGGCGAUCGUGUUUUGAGGGCUCAGUAUGGAACCACCAAGUAUUGCUCGUCUUUUCUUCGGAAUGAGCCGUGUAACAACCGCAACUGCACGUUCUUACAUGAGACUGGUGAGGACAGCGAGAGUUACAGCCGCUCCGACCUUUCUUCCAUGAAUACACUGUCCAGUCAGCGCCAGCACCAGCAGCAGCAGCAGCAUCAACAACCGCAUCAGCCGAAUAUCUCUCAACCCCGCCCUACCCAACCAAUCACACACACAAUGCGCCGGCAACCGAGCAAGGAUGACUCCCUCAGUGGACGCUCAGGUGUCCCUGAUGGGCCCGCGCUUCCAUCAUCCGCCAGCUGGGCUAAUAAGGAUCCUACAUCAAGAGCUCGACGAGCCAGUUUAGCUGGCAGUCAAGCAUCUCAAAGCCCCCGCCCCGCUAGCGUAUCUGUUGCCGUCGCCGCCGAGGAACCCAAGCGCAUCGAGAAGCCUUCACCCACUGUCCGGACUGCACAGCAAACCUCCCCUCAGUCUGAUACACGGUCUCCAAUCACUCCACCUGAACCUGUCGAGAAGCCUGUUAUUGAGACGCCAAGCGCCUUCGACACUCUCAUCGAAGAUAUGAUGUCCCCAGAAUUCCGAUUUGUAUUUUCACCCUCCGACCUCUCAGUGGAUGAAGUGAAACAUAUUCAGAAUUACCCCUCCUUCAUUGAUCCUUACGGUGGUGUGAAGCGUCGGGCUAUGCGCGAGAAGGCAGACCAAGAGCGCGCUAGUCGUGAGCAUGAGAUCUUAGAAACCGCCCAAUCCGCCGCCCAAUCCGCAGCCGCCGCCGCCCAGUCCGCAGCAGCAGAAGAAGAUAGUAGGGAAGCUGGCAGCCUGCAGCUUGGUGGAGAGCCAGAAGAUGCUAAUCCUCCUCGUGGUCGUCAAACCCGUGAGUCCCAUGGUGCUAUUCAACCUCCGUCCCAGCAAGGCACAGCCGAUAACUCUACUGUUGGAUCUCCCGUUUCAGCCACAAGCCACCAGUUCCAUGGACUCAACCUGGCUGGUCGUAGCUUGACUCCCCUGCAGCAGCAGCAGUUGAUGCUCCUCAAGUCUGCGGGUAACCAGCAGGCUGGUCUGUCGGACCCCGUGAGCUCUGCAGCUCUGGAUCAAGCUGCACUGGCCCGGCAGGGUGCUCUGCAAAACCAAUUGGCCGCCCAAUAUGCUCUUCAAGCUCAGGGCAGACAAUCCUCUCGUUUUGCCUUCACCAACGAAGUCAACACCAAGAAUAUCAGCAAUGCACGAAUGUUGAAUCAAAUGCAACAGCCUGGCACCCCGAAUCCACUCUCUGCGCCGAGUCCUCAACACACUCUUGGCAGUAGCUUUUAUCCAAGUGGCGUUCAGGGCCCACCUCCCGGCUUAAAGGCAGCAGGAACUCCUCCCAUUAGUGGUGGUGGGAUGUUUGCUCAGGGACACGGCUUUACCUCAAACACCAACAUCGGGCUGGGAUCAAACGUUGCAAAGCAUGAGGCGACACCGGAAACGAUGCGUGAAUUAUUACGGGCACGAACUGGUGCGAAUAUUGGUGGUGGACAAGGUCAGGAGGCUGCAAAGCGUGAGUUCAUGUUCCCCUUCCUUCAACAGCACCCAACCCCACCUCCCCUGACUCCCGUCAAUGGCCUUCUCAACUCUUUCUAUGGGCCCCAGACAGGUACUCCACCUGACUCUGGUGGCUCACAGAAGCAAAAGAAGAAAGGAAAAAAGCACAGACACGCUAACACUUCCUCCGGUGGAGGUGGUGUAGUAGAUCUUGCAGACCCGAGCAUUUUACAGGCGAGAAUGCAGCAGAUCGGUGCGAAUGCUACUGCUGGACAAGCGUUGUAUGGGAGUCAGGGUCAAGUGGAUGAUGACUUCCCUCCUCUCAGCAAUCAGCUGAAGGAUAGUCAGCCAGUCGAUACAUUUGGUUUCCUGAAAUCUCAACUUCCCAGUGACUCCGCAGGCCGUGCUGGGACACCAACCCUCCCGCCAGGUCUUCCUCUACCUCACGCUCACCCAGCUUCUGCCAUCUUCCAAGAACAAAGGGGUUCAUCUAACCCAUCCUCCCCGGCUCCGAUGGUGCCUCCUGGUCUAGGGGGCACUCCAUCUCACUCUCGGCCAAUAAGCCCCGAGUUGGGCAGGUCCACCCCGGCACGCACCAAGGAUGCCUCCCAGAUCUCUCUGGGAUCGCCCGUUGCUAAGCCACUCCGUAAGCCUCGAACUCAUACCAAAAUAGACAUUUCUUCCUUUGGGGAUGAGAAAGAGGUAGUUGGGUCGGAUAGCCUGGCUGUGGGCGACAAGGCGAGCCUAAGCAUGCCGGCGUAUUCCCAAGAGGGUUCUUCUGUUCAGGACGAACGUGCUUCUGGGACAUUUGCUUCUACUGCACCAUCAGGCUCCGCUGUCUCCGCUUUUAAUUCACGGUCCAAUACGCCGCUCACCACAACUUCACGCCUUUCUGAUUCUCCGGUCCCCCGCCAAACACGCAUCCUACGUGUCGUUGAUACCCCAAAAUCUGAAACGCGUCCUGUUGGAACCGCACCAUCGGUUACCACUUCAGUCACGGGUACAGGUAAGCUGGGUUCACCAAGACACAGCGUCUCCUCUCUAAGCAGACCAGAUACUCCGGGAGAUUUUGGAUCUGAGAUCGACCCUUACCCCUCCGGACCCGUAUCUCGCUCAAACUCCCCUCCUGUUCCCAGUCGCAUCGGCUCUGCCCCGGUUCGUACGGUUACCAAGAGUCAAGCCAAGAAAGACCGAAGACAGAAGGCCAAGGAAGCUGAGGCCAAAAAAGCCGAAGUCAUCUCCGUGCCUGAAGAACCUGUCCAAGCCCCCAUCAUGGGCCGAAAACGCAAGACCAAGAAGGAGAAGGCACCCUCGACUACCCACGAGACAGCCGAUACCGAUCCACUACCCACCGAGACAGUGAGUCCUGUCAAGACCGUGGAUGAACCCCCGAAGGCAGAGCCCAAAGCCGAACCCCCCAAAGAGGUUCAGCCCAAGGAGCCAGUGAUGGAAGAGAUCAACAGGCCUCCCUCUGUCGGCGACAAGCCCAAUGAACAGACCCCCUCUGAGGCUUGGCGCACCCACAACACCGUUGAUCAAUUGCUCCGGGAUACCGAGGAGACUGGCCGUUCGAUCAAAGAGCUGUUCCUGGAACGGACCAAGCCUCUGCAUAUUCUGCUUGCGGAGAUGCACCGGGACGGCGAUAUUGACCUGAACAAAAGCUCAUUUUUUAACCCUGCCAACAUCAACCUACGCGUUGAUAUGAAGUACAGUGCUGCGGACUACGAAACCCUGAAGAAACCUACCGAACUUACCGAAGAACAUCGGAAGGCCCUCCUGCGAGGUGAGCCUGUUCGGAUAGGCACUGAGGAGCUCAAGACUCGCUGUCUUAUCACUCCUCUCGGUUGCGUGCUUCGCCACCUCGACCCCGAGGAGGAAGAGCGAUACCUGCAACUGGAGAAGAAUCGCCGGGGUAGGGUGGAUCCCCGCCCGGUCGGUGACGACUCUAGCAACAUCAAUGGUGGCCUGGAAGCGCUUUUUGUGAACCCCGAGAAAUACCGCAUUCUCUGGGUGGACGACGUUGCCCCCCCGAUGGGAGGCUCUCCCGUUCUCGAGAGCACAGAUUCCAUUAUCCCGCCCAAUGUCCUUUCCGCCAUGGAGGCAGAUAGCACCCGCACCCAUGACUGGGCCGUCGCUCACUCUGCCGAGGUUCUUCAAACCACCACGGCCGCAGUCCGAUCCUUCGCAGCCGCCACUGCCAAACAGAUGCUCGGCUCAGCUGGCCUCCCUCCCACCAACCCUACCCUCGACGAUGUUGCUGCAAUGACCGAUGAGGAGCUGCAUGAAUUUACCGCAAAGUCGCAGAAGGACCUGGAAACCACUCGGAAGGAGAUGGAAAUGCUGGACAAGAAGUUUACCGGUCUUCUUCGCCGCAACAAGAAGAUUCAGAGCCAGGCUCUGGCAUAUGGGGUGAACCUGCACUAA